AUAAGAAAUUAACAAAGAAGUAGGCUGCAAAACUUUGACAGUAUCUUUGUUAUUAAUGGUGACUCAACUAUAUAUAGCCUAGAAAGAUCCAACUCUUCUACUCAACUAUUUCCCUAGUACCCUUGACCAUUCAUUAAGAAAUUAUUAAAAUUUGGUUUCAAAGAAAUGGGUCUAAAGUCCAAAUUGUCUGUCCAAUUAGAAGUGAAGACUAAACACGAUGUGUUUCUUGAUGUCUUUUGGAAAACACCAAACCAAUGCUCCACCAUGUCCCCUGUGCAAGUACAAGGUGCUGAGCUUCUUGAAGGAGAUCACUUUGGAGCUGUUGGCUCUAAAGUUUGUUGGAAGUAUACCCAUGAUGGAAAAGAGAAGAUUUCCAAGCAGAUAAUUGAAGCUAUAGAUGAAGAAAAAAAAAUUCUGACACUCAAGGAAUUUGAAGGAGAUAUUUUGAAUGAAUAUGAAAACGUGAAGUAUACUCUCCAUGUUGAUGCAGAAGGUGAAAAGCAUUUAGCCUGCUGGACUAUCGAGUAUGAAAGGCCCAAGGAGAACACCCCUGAGCUAACAAGUUUGUUGCAAUUUCUUAUUGAUAUGAUCAAAGCUAUUGAUGACCACCAUAUCAAGCAAAAUUGACAAUUCAAAGGGACGUUUGAAGUGAUUGAUAUAAGAACUUAGUUUGUGCUUUGAAAUAAACACUGGACAUUAUGUUUGCUUGUAUGAGAGAAUGUCAAGAAAUGUGUGUUGGAUGUGUCUUUUCUGCUUUUUUCUUUUUUGAGUUUCUCUGGAUAAGGGUGAAAAAAGGAGGAUACACUUCUCAAUAGAUACCAUUUCCUUGUUAAAUGUAUCCUUACCAGUUAACCCCUUGAGUAAUAAGACUGCUUAUGAGUUUAA